AUGGCCGAUCAACGCCAUCGUUACAUAGUAUGCCUUUUCAUCUUAGCCCUUUAUUUUCAUGGAAAAAUUAUUUUUCGCACUGGUAAUGUGUCGUGGAUUCCUCCAGCAGUCAUUAAGUCAAGCUGCCGUAUCGACAUCGCUUAUUUUCCUUUCGAUUUCCAGCAGUGUUCUAUGAAAUUUGGAUCGUGGACAUACUCGGGUUUAUUUAUUGACCUACGCAAUGAUACUGUUAUUGUGGGCACGUAUAAGCCAAACGGAGAGUGGGAGAUCAUAGAUUUCACCUCGAAACGUUCUAUCUUCUACUAUGACUGUUGCCCAGAGCCAUACUAUGAUAUAACGUUCACUAUAACCAUGAAGAGACAGACACUCUACUAUGGAAUCAAUCUUGUUCUGCCGAGCAUGCUGAUAUCGGCUCUCGCUCUUUUCGGUUUCACGCUACCGCCAGAUUCGGGCGAGAAACUCAACUUAUGUAAGCUUUGCUGGCACCGUGGGCAUGCUUUGCUUCUCAAAUACCUUCAAAUUCUAGAUUCUGAUGCUAUAUUGGCAGGUGUCACCAUAUUCAUGUCCCUCUGCGUAUUUAUGCUAAUGGUAGCAGAAGCGAUGCCGCAAACCAGCGAUGAUCUACCACUGAUAGGUACAGAUUACUCAUUGGAACUUUUCAAAAUUCUCAUUUUUCUGAAUAAACACUCAGUGGAAUGA